AUGCUAGUAUCUAUACUUCUGUUGGCAACUCUACGUUCUCUUUGGAUUGUUAUUACAUUUCAAGAAAAGCAGUAUAUUGAGAAGGCAAAAAAAGCAGCUGAACAAGAUCGAAAGAACAGUGAUCAUCAAAUGCCAAAUGAACUUAUUCAAGGAGCUGCUUUAAAUGUUGAAACCACUCCACCAUCUGUAUUGGUUCGUUCAGCACUUCGACCACAAUUUUGGAUUUCUUAUUGGAAAAUAUUACGCUUUCGUUGUAAAUUAGACCAAAUACUCCCAUCUACUAUUACGGAACCUGGUAAACCAAUACCUGAAUCAGCGGAAAUAAUUCCUGUUUUUACACAAGAUUUCAAUAGAUUAGAUAAUGAUGAUUUAAAUAUUGAAACAAUAAAUUUAUGUUCAUUAAUGAAACAAGGACGUUAUUUAGUAUUGAAUUUUGAAGCACAUGCCUCAGAUGGAUUUAAAUUCAGUGGACCUCAAUAUAGUUUUAUUGCAAAUCAUCGUAAUAUCAAAGAUCGAUUAGAUGCAGUUAAAAUUAUGAUAGAAAUGGCAAAAAUUGAUAAAGAUAGUGCGAUCUCCGUUUAUUGUGAUACAAUGAAUAAUCGUACUAAUCAAUUAUUUCGUGCAUCACCAGAAAGACUUUAUGUAUUACAUGAUCAAAAAGUAUUAUAUCAAGGUGGAAAAGGUCCAAAUGGAUAUUCAAUUCCAUCUUUGGAAUAUGUUUUAAAGAAAAAUCUUGAAAUUUAA